AAGAAACAAAAACAUACAGAUUAAUAUUGUUUACUAUAUGUAGUUUGCAUCCUGUAUGCUCUAUGUUGUGCCCGAAUGGGCAGUUUCCCCUCAACGCACAAUGUGUGGAUUGCCAUUCUACCUGUGAAGAAUGUAUUGGCCAAGAGCCGUAUGAAUGCUCUGAGUGUGGCAUCGAUGAAGAUGGGAUAGAACGGUUUCUUCAUCGCGGUCGCUGUAAAAUACACUGCCCCAGAGGCUUUUACCAAGACCACAACACGUACACCUGUGAAUCAUGUCCACUAAACUGUGAUAUAUGCAGCAAUGUCAACAGUUGCCAGAAAUGCAAGGCCAACUACAAGAUACAGAACGGAGCCUGCUAUUUAAUGCAAUGCCUGCCAGGUCAAGUGGAGGAUUCUGAGACUGGAGAGUGCCUUGAUUGUGAAUCCGGGUGUAAAACAUGCACAUCAGAUGAUCCUGAAAUUUGCAUCAGCUGCCUAGAAGGGUAUUUUCUAUAUGGCCACCAGUGUCGCCGAUACUGUCCACAGAAGACAUACGGGGACAGUGGUAGAAAAAUAUGCUUUGCUUGUCCAUCAGGGUGCCUUGAAUGUAAAAAUGAAACAUACUGCUCUUCAUGCCAAAAGGGAUAUUAUUUGCGAGAUGCCAGUUGCUUGCUUAAAUGCCCAGAUGGUACAUUUCAAGACUCAGUAAGGCAGCAAUGUGAAGAUUGCCAUAGAUCCUGCCAAAUAUGCCAUGGUGCAUCAUCCCGGGACUGUGACUUGUGUCUUGAAGGAAAGGAAACAGUAUAUGGCAUGUGCCAUCUUAUGACGUGCGUAGAUGGGCAAUAUCUUAAUGUGAGAGAUGGCAAAUGUUACAACUGUGACUCCUCUUGUCAAACUUGCUUUGGACCAAAAGCUCUGGACUGCUUCUCCUGUGAUACUGGCUACUUUUUGGAUGGAGACAAUCAAUGCGUUACCACUUGCCCUCAAGGAUUCUUUGGAGACCAGUUCAGCCAAACCUGUGAGAAGUGCUCAUCAACCUGCGAAAGUUGUAUGGGGGCCAGUGAAUAUUGUGUUAAAUGUGAACAGACUGAGCACAGCUUAUUUCUCCAUGAAGGAAACUGCCUUUCUGACUGCCCAGACGGUUACUUUGAAAACACAGAGGACUCCUGCGAAGCUUGUGAUGGUUCCUGCUGGACAUGUGAUGAACGUAAAACCAAAUGUUUGUCAUGUGUGGACGGACUCUUCUUGGAGAACAACAAAUGUUUACCUAAUUGCUCCCUCAGAUAUUAUCCGGACGAAGAAGGUUCUUGCAAAAGAUGCCCAACACACUGCAACAUCUGCACAGAUCAAAGCACCUGCCUUGAAUGCAGUUAUUUAUAUCUGCUGCUCAAUGGCACUUGCAAGGCUACAUGCCCUGAUGGUUACUACGAAGAUUUGGAAGGUGGAAAGUGUAUUACUUGCCAUGUCAGCUGUGAGACGUGUUCUGGAACAUCUGACGAUGAUUGUGAGACCUGUCCUCCUGUGAACCCUAAAUUGUAUCAGGGGAGAUGCCUGGCAGAAUGUCCCACUGGCACCUUUUAUAAUAUAUUACUUAGGGAAUGUCAAGAGUGUCAUAGAACCUGUGCCACAUGUUCUGGUCCAUUGCCAACUGACUGUAUCCAGUGCCAGAACAGGCUAGUUAUGGACAUUGAUAGCAGAAUGUGUGGGGUGGAAGGAGAUGCUAACUGUCCUCCCAGGACAUUCCUUGAAGAUGAUUUCUUUACAUGCAGUUCUUGUGAUCAUAACUGCCAGUCAUGUGAUGGACCUUCCCCUACAAACUGCCUUACGUGCACCGUGCCGUACUACUUAUACCGAAAUUUCUGCGUACCUGAAUGCCCCAAGGGGACAUACAACAUCAGUGAGGAGGCUGAUGGCUUGAAACUUGGAUUCUGCUCAGCUUGUCAUGAAGUUUGCUCAACGUGCAAUGGAGGCUCUGCCAAACACUGUGAUAUUUGUGCUGCUGGAUAUUACAAACUUCUCCAUCUCUGCAUUCUGCACUGCCCCCCGGGCUAUUAUAAAGCCAACAACCAAUGUGAGAAAUGUGACUCCGGCUGCCAGCUGUGUGAUGGACCAGGGCUGGAUGGCUGUCUUGAAUGUCCUUCAAAUACCCUGCAGGUGGAAGGCACAACACAUUGUUUGACUCAGUGUCCAGAGAGAUUUUACUUGUACAAGAACCUGUGUAAAAAGUGUCACCCAAGCUGUAAGACGUGCAACGGUUCAUCAGUCCAAGGCUGUCUGACGUGCGACCAAGGAAGUGAAUUCAAAGGAGGAAUUUGCUAUCCACAGUGUGAGGAGCAGCGGUAUCCCGAUGAUAAUGGUGUUUGUCAGCUCUGUGAUUCAUCAUGCAGACACUGCUCUGGCCCAGGACCUGACCAUUGUAUAUCAUGUAAAAUAAACAGCGCUUGGUCUCCAACGGAAAUGAGAUGUACCAAGUGUUGCGAUUCACAGUCUGACCAAGAUGAGUGCUGCUUUUGUGAUGUAAACUCUAUUUUGUGCAUAAAGCACCUACAGGUUGAAGCAGAACAAAUGGCCUUGAAAAACCUGAAGCAAAACAUGAAAUCUUCUCGCGUUGCCUCGCACUAUUCUGCCGUGGCUCCAGCUUUGGUCCUGUUGCUGCUGAUCCUGGCUUUCAUGGUGUUUUUUAUGCAGAAAGUCAAAUCUAAGAAGAUUUUAUGCUGGAAACCAAGCUAUGAAAGACUAGGUGGUUACUCUCAAGCGGUUUCCUUUUGUGACCAAGAAGAACACACGGCUCUAAGAAAGGGCUCUGACGUAGAAGAAGACAGCUUGGAUGAAUGUGAUGUUGUAUAUACCACUACAGAUGGUACUGUGUAUAGAAAGUUUAGCUUUCGUCAAAGUAGAGUCGACAAAGAAGCAGUUCAUGAGCGACUGUAUUUGGAGAACGUUUGAGAUGAGUUGCAGUAUUUGCUCAUGUAAUUUUCAUCACAGGAUGAUAUAUACCAGUUGUAUAAGUGAAAGUUUACCUGUCUGAAGAAGCAAAUAGUUUUGCUCUCAUCCUUUUAAACGGACAAAAUAUUUAUGCGAUUUUUGAGACGCUUUAUAGUAUAGCUUGUAGGGUUCAGCAUGAAUAAUUGGAAUGAAUCAUGAGCAGAAACUGGCAUAUAUUAAAAUUUAGACUUUUUGGGAAUGGUUACUGCCAUGAAAGUUCAAUAUAUGAUCUUAUUUAGUUUAAGUUUAAUGUUAAUGAGAUUCGUAAACAUGGGAGUUUCUUACGUUUUGAUAAAAUCACACUUGAGAGACAAAAUUCCUGCCGAAAAUAUUAUAUAUGAUGAUUGUGUUUAAAGAGACUCUGCCACGCAAAGUAAAACUUUAUUAAUCAUCAGAUAUCAAGCAUAAAUGCUUGGUUAUUUGCAUUAUACUUUUAAAUACCUCAUAUUACUGAGCAGAAAACCAGAACAGAAAUUACGAGAAAACACAGGUUCUUGUCCUACAGUAAGUCUGCACGUAGUUCUUAAGAUUUAGCUUACUUGUGCUAUUGCACAGAGUGGACGUAUAAAGUUUGCAAAUCAGAUGGAUGGCUUAUUUGUGUAUGAUUGGUGUCUCCCAUAAUCAAAAAGGUAAUCUUUGUGUGUACUCUUUGCCCACUAUGCCACUAAGAGAAACGUGUAAUGGAGCUACUAUACUCUGACUGAGAACCUCCGCCCAAUUCGCUUUCUAGCUUUUGGGGAGGGAGACUGGACCACUUCAGCCCCAGUCGCUGAAGCUUGACUGGAGUCUCUUCGGAACUCUUCCACUCGGCCAGACUUUUCUUCCAGUCAGGUAUCGUCUCCUCUACCUAUUCCUCUGCAGCUCUACUUACAGUGAUUGCUAUUGACUUUACAAAGGCACUUGCAGCUCUCAGGCCUAGCUCUCUUAAUGUAUCCCAGGGAUUGAGGGAUUGUGGCAGCCAGCCAACAGGUCCAAAGACUCUGUUACUGGGGAUCCAUAAAUAUCCACACAAGGUGACUUAAACAUAAGAGUCAACCAGAGGCCUAAUUGAAUUGUUCAUCUUAAGCUCCUGGUGAUGGUGACUACUGUCACAAAUAGUUAUCGAAGUUUGCUGUAUCUCUUGUGUAGCAAACCUACCUAGUACUUCUAUGUUGGCCUUAUGUGCAGAUAGUGUGGCUUCACUUUAUAGAGGUACAAAUGAGCAAAGGUUUGUUUGAGACCUGCCUAAGAACUAACCAAAAUGAGUUUUUUCCCCAGUUUGCUAUUUUGUCCAUCCAAUGCAUAAUUCCCAGUGUUUUCUUCUAUAUUUUGGCUAAUAUCUGGGUAGUAAAUAUAAUGUCCAUUCCAGCAGCACUGAUGAUCACAGCUUGAAAUAUGUGUCACUAGAGGUGAUGCAUAUUGACCUGCAUAGUGACUUGUAUUGAUGGUUCUAAUUGUGGCCUAAUACAAGUAAAGUUUGUAGGUAUAUGUAAAUCCAUUGCCCAUUCAUUUAUUAACUAUAUAUAACAAUGCAAGUGAAAAUAUCCUAGCUGUAGAAUCAAUUUUUACCAUUUUGGAUAUAUUUUGGGCUAAAAACUGUAAAUUCCUCAUAAUUUAUUUCUGGUUUAGUGAUCCCAAAUACAUUUCUAAAAAAACAUCUAUCCAAACUUCAUGAAAGUUAAUGUUAACCUAUGAGAAAUAGUAAAUACAAACAAAAACUGCCCAGCACCUUAUUGUACUUAUAAAGAGGUUCUUUAUUGUAUCAAUUUUAAUCAGCAAUCUUCCCACGAGGCGCCAAGUGCUAUGUGAGCAAUUAUAUGUGAAGCAAUAUAGUAACCAUAAACACAAUUAAAAUAAACCAUUACAGAAGGAUAUGGUAAAACAAUCAAAAUGUGAGACAAGCCAUAAUAGUGAGCAAAAAUAAACGAGGGGAAAUAGCAGAGAUCUUCAGUAGGAGUAUUGGAUCUCUGCUACACAGCCUCUAUAUAGCAUAUAGAAUACUAUAUAGAGAAUGGCAUUUAUUCUAUAUUUAAGCAUAUCUGAUACAAAAUGUAUAUAAUUAUUAACUAAUAAAGGUCUUAUGCUUUACUACUGUAUGUUAGUGCUUUAUGGGUAAACUAAAUCUUAGUAAAAAAACAUUUUUUUUUGGUGGGAUUAGAUAAAGUAAAAUUAUGCAUUGUAUGUGUUUACUAUGUAUUUUAUUCAAAUUUCCAUAUUUGUGCAUUGUGGGUAGGGUUUAUUUUGCAGGAAUUGACCAAAACAAACUGUAUAUUAUGGGAGAGUGAAGUGUACAAAUUUUUUCACCAGUUCGAAUGGCCCCGUAAUGAAUGGGACAACGCAUUUCACUGCUGUAUAGGGCCGUUCAGGCUGCAAAACCCAGACUUUGUUGAUAGAAUUAUUGAUGUUUUCUAUUAGAUUUUUUUCUGUUUUUGUUAGCUGUUGCUAACAUAAGUUGUAAGUUGGUUAUUUGUAUUGUCAAGCAAGCAAUGUAUAUGUAUAGGCAUUUAUGCAUGCUAACCUGUAUUUUGAGAAUUAAAGAAAUCAGAGAAUGGACAACCAAAGUAAGAAAAACAAGUACAUAUUUGAACCUUUUGUAUAAGAAGCAUGUACUUGUUUUCUUGUGAAAAUGUGGGAUUGUUUAGGUCGACACACACAAUAAAAUGUACUACCCGAUAUGAGUUAAUCUAA